AUCUGGGGGGACACAUUGAGCUGACAGGGUUGAUUAAAGCACAACUGGGUAUCUGAAGGUGUUCACUUGGUUAUGAGGUUUGGUUUAGUUAAAGGAGGAGCAAGAGCCCCAGUCCUUACAUGUGAAUUGAUAUUACUGUUCACCAGUGCUGUGUCUAAUCAAAGACUGCCUUGGGGGUAGGCUGCCCUCAUAUUCCUGUGGUAUGCACCAAGGUAGAAGCUGGCUUGCUGUUCCCUCAUUUCCAGACAGGACAACCUUUGUCAGUAACUCCUCUUUCAUAAACUCUGGUGCUGCCUCUCUGGCACACAUGUGCCACUGGCUCUUCUAGGGAUAGAUGCAAGAUACCUCUUAAUUGUUCUAGGAAAUGUGAAUGAACUCUUCCUCUGUGGGCAAAGUCUCAAGCUUGCACUCCUUCCUGUCCACACUCCUGUGGGGGGGAGGACAAGAGGGGUGGCAGUGCUGGGGGUAUCUUCUCUCCCUUCCACUUCUUUCAGCAGUUGCAACUUCCAUGCCCACAUUUCACAGACAGCUUUCAGCAGACAGCAGAGCUGGAAUGAGGGUCAAGUAGAUACCUAGAGCCCCUGUGCGGUCGUAUUGAGCAGCGCAUGGGGUGGUGUGCCAGCUUCUACCACCACUGUCAUGUCCAGCUGGAGCCUUAUUGUGCCUCUAUUAUUCCAGAGUGGAUCAAUGACAGAGCUGCUACAGAAGCCUUCAGUAGGAAGUCAGUCUUAAUUCCUGCUAUAUAGAGGAGCACCUCCAGCAGUUGCCCUGGCUCUCGGGUCUGCUGGGACCCCACAUUGUAGCUAAAUAAGGGGGUGUAGCACCUCCUGAGCAGAGGUGUGUGGCUUUCUCAGCAGCUGUCAGAGGCUGGCAGCUCAGCCUUGCUGAGUUCCAGCUUAGGAAUGUAGCUGUGAGGUGACUUUCUUUUCUCUCCUUUUCUCCUUUAAAGCAUGUGACACAAGUGUGAGUGAUGCUCAAGCCUUUCCUAGUUGUGUUUUGUCCUUAAUGCCUUUGUGAUAGAGAAUAGGGGUGGCAUAAUUUUUAAAAUGCCUUCCCUGAAACUACUAAAGAAGGGCUAUUUUUGGCAGCCGACAAGAGCGGGUUGUGGUGGUCCUGUGUCAGCCCCCAAGAUUACAGGGUUGCAAGCUGAAGAAAUUCUCCAGAGUCAGAUCUACAGCUGCGCCAGGACUAGGACCUGAAGCAGGAGGGAGGGCUUAGCUGUGGCCCCUCAUACAGCACGUGGAAGGCCUCCCAUCUGGAUGAUUGCCUCCCUGGAGCAUGUAUCAAAGCUUUUGGCUCACGUGUAUCUGCAGAAAUCAUCAUCUGUUGUUUUUCCCUUUUUGAGAGCAAGUGGAUUUCCUAAUCUUUCGGCUGCUGGCAGAAGAAAAGCACAACAGCUCUUACCAGGGCACAGAAAAACUCUGCCUAAAGCACAACUUGACGGACACUAAGAGCUUCUUGGGGUGUGUGUUUUUUACCUACAGACCAAGCGAGAGGGAUGCAGAGGGUAACGGAGACUGCUGGGCGAUAUGGUGACAAGGCAGGCCCUGAAGGGGAGGGAGACUGCGGCUUUGCUGAGAGGGAUCUUCAAAGGCUCCCCUUGUUCCCAGCGAAGUGGUGUUCUCAGGAGGCUUCAGGUUUACAAGCACUGCGUCCCACUAGUGGAGUCAGGGGACCUACAUUUGGGCAAGGUGUCUGAAAUCAUAGGACUGCUGAUGCUGGAGGCUCGUCAGCUGCCAGGCUAUGCCUUAGCUGAGCUUGCCACCCUGUUUGUCGAUGUUAUCAAAGGCGGCAACCUGUCUAAUGGGAAAUCCUUGGAGUUGUUUUCCACUGUUCUCACUGCACUGGCCAGCUCGAAGGAGAGCCUGGCUUAUGGGAAAGGUGAACUGAAUGGGGAAGAGUUUAAGAAACAGCUGAUAAAUACCCUCUGCUCCAGCAAGUGGGACCCUCAGAAUGUAAUACAUCUUGCCAACAUGUUCAGGAAUAUUCCGCUAUCGGGAGAGGAGCUGCAGUUUGUGGUGGAAAAGGUCCUUAGGAUGUUCUCCAAAUUAGACCUGCAGGAAAUUCCUCCUCUGGUCUAUCAGCUGCUGCUGCUUUCUGCAAAGGGCAGCAAGAAGACUGUUUUAGAAGGAAUCAUCAGUUUUUUCAAUCAAUUGGAUAAGAGACAAAAGGAAGAACAGAGGGUUCCACAAUCAGCAGACCUUGAGGUAGCCACAACACCCCUCGACCAGCUCUGCCAUGUGGAAGGCACUGUUAUUCUCCAUAUUGUUUCUGUUAUCAACCUGGAUCAGGACCUAGGCGAGGAACUAAUCAAACAUCUAAAGACUGAGCAACAGAAGGACCCUGGCAAAGCCCUGUGUCCAUUCAGCGUGGCUCUUUUGCUGUCGGUUGCGGUAAAACACAGACUGCAAGAGCAGAUAUUUGAUUUCUUGAAAACAUCAAUCACAAGAAGCUGCAAGGACCUGCAAAUUCUUCAGGCCUCCAAGUUUCUGCAGGAUUUAUUUCCUCAACAAUAUGAUGUAACCGCUGUAAUUCUGGAAGUGGUAAAAAGUAGUGCAUUUGGCUGGGACUAUGUUACUCAGGGCCUGGUGGAUCUUGGCUUCAACCUAAUGGAAUCAUAUGAACCAAAAAAGCCCUUUGGAGGAAAAGCUGCUGAUACCAGUUAUGGCCUUUCAAAAAUGCCAGCCCAGCAGGCGUGCAAACUGGGAGCAAGUAUCCUGCUGGAAACGUUUAAGGUUCAUGAACCCAUCAGAAGUGAUAUUCUUGAGCAGGUCCUGAACAGAGUCCUCACAAAAGCAGCGUCUCCUGUCAGCCAUUUCAUAGACUUGCUGUCCAAUAUUGUUGUGUCUGCUCCUCUUGUGCUUCAGACUUCAUCCUCCAAAGUCACAGAGACUUUUGACAAUUUGUCCUUUCUGCCCAUUGAUACAGUGCAAGGGCUCCUCCGGGCAGUACAGCCUCUGCUCAAAGUCAGCAUGUCAGUAAGGGACUCCCUGAUACUUGUUCUCCAAAAAGCUAUCUUUUCGAGGCAGCUCGAUGCUCGUAAAGCUGCGGUUGCUGGGUUUUUGCUUCUGUUAAGAAACUUUAAGGUUCUGGGCAGCUUGGCCUCUUCCCAGUGCAGUCAGGCCAUUGGUGCCACUCAGGUCCAGGCAGAUGUUCAUGCCUGCUAUAAUUCUGCAGCUAAUGAGGCCUUCUGCCUUGAAAUCCUGGGCAGCCUGAGGCGAUGUCUGAGCCAGCAAGCGGAUGUUCGACUUAUGUUAUACGAGGGUUUUUAUGAUGUCCUUCGCAGGAACUCCCAGCUGACCAGCUCUAUAAUGGAAAUGCUCUUGUCCCAGAUAAAGCAAUAUUACUUGCCCCAGCCAGACCUCCUGCCUCCACUGAAACUUGAGGGAUGUAUUAUGGCUCAAGGAAAUCAAAUCUUUCUGCAGGAACCACUGGCCCAUCUGCUCUGCUGUAUCCAGCACUGUCUUGCCUGGUAUAAGAGUACUGUGCAUCUGUGCCAAGGAGCUGAAGAUGACGAGGAGGAGGAGGAUGUGAGAUUUGAGCAAAACUUUGAAGAGAUGCUCGAUUCUGUCACACGACGAAUGAUCAAGAGCGAGUUGGAAGACUUUGAACUGGAUAAAUCGGCAGAUUUUUCUCUGUCAUCUGGCGUUGGUGUGAAGAAUAACAUCUAUGCCAUCCAGGUGAUGGGAAUUUGUGAGGUCUUGAUUGAGUACAAUUUCAACAUAGGGAAUUUCAGUAAGAACAAGUUUGAGGAUGUCCUAGGCUUGUUCACAUGUUACAACAAACUCUCUGAAAUCCUGAAGGAGAAAACUGGAAAGAACAAAUCCACCUCGAGCAACAAAACUGCACGGAGCUUCCUGUCCAUGGGUUUUGUAUCUACUUUGCUCACAGCUCUGUUCAGGGACAAUGCCCAGAGCCACGAGGAGAGCCUGGCAGUUCUGCGUUCCAGCACUGAGUUCCUGCGCUAUGCUGUCAGUGUAGCUCUGCAGAAGGUGCAGCAGCUGGAGGAGACAGGACAAACUGAUGGACCAGAUGGACAAAAUCCUGAGAAAAUGUUUCAGAACCUCUGCAAAAUCACGCGGGUUCUGCUUUGGAGAUACACUUCAAUUCCCACUGUUGUUGAAGAGUCAGGGAAGAAGAAGGGCAAAAGCAUCUCACUUCUGUGCUUGGAAGGUUUGCUGCGGAUCUUCAACACAGUGCAGCAGCUGUACACUGCCAGGAUCCCUCAGUUUCUACAAGCCCUGGAUAUUUCUGAUGGUGACGCAGGAGAAACGGAUAUUAAUGUCACAGAGAAAGCUGCCUUCCAGAUCCGACAGUUUCAGAGGUCCCUGGUGAACCAGUUCAGCAGUUCUGAAGAUGACUUCAACUCCAAGGAAAUGCAGUCACUCAUCACAAUUCUCUCUACUUUGUCCAAACUCCUGGAUCCAGCCUCUCAGCAGUUCCUUCAAUUCCUGACUUGGACAGUGAAAAUUUGCAAAGAAAAUGCUCUUGAGGAUAUCACUUGCUGCAAGGGUUUGUUGUCUCUGCUCUUCAGUCUCCAUGUUCAGUACAAAAGUCCUGUCAGUCUGCUGCGUGAACUUGCACAAGACAUCCAUGCUUGCCUGGGAGACAUAGACCAGGAUGUCGAAUUGGAGAGUCAGUCCCAUUUCGCCAUAGUGAAUGCUAAGACUGCAGCCCCUACUGUCUGUCUGCUGGUUCUGGGUCAGGCUGAUAAGGUCCUUGAAGAGGUGGAUUGGCUUAUCAAGAAACUUGCCAGUCUGCGAUCAGACACAUCAGAAGACUCUUCUCAGGUGCCAAACCAAACCCAGGCUCUGGAGAAAGGUAUAAUUCUGCAGCUGGGAACUCUGCUGACAGUUUAUCAUGAGCUGGUACAGACAGCACUCCCUGCAGGGAGCUGUGUGGACACGCUGCUGAGAAGUCUCAGCAAGACAUACGCAAUUCUCACCUCCCUCAUCAAACAUUAUAUCCAAGCUUGCCGUAGCACCUCAAAUACGAUUCCAGGAAGGCUAGAAAAGCUGGUGAAGCUCUCGGGUUCCCAUUUGACCCCACAGUGUUACUCAUUCAUUACUUAUGUACAGAACAUACACAGUGAGAGCUUAAGCUUUGCUGAAGAGAAGAAAAAGAAGAAGAAAGAGGAUGAAGCUGCUGCAGUCUCCACAGUCAUGGCUAAGGUGCUUCGGGACACCAAGCCAAUCCCAAAUCUGAUUUUUGCAAUAGAGCAAUAUGAGAAGUUCCUUAUCCAUCUCUCCAAGAAAUCAAAGGUGAACUUGAUGCAAUAUAUGAAGCUAAGCACUUCCCGGGACUUCCGCAUCAACGCAUCCAUGCUAGACAGCGUGUUACAGGAACAUAACACAGAGGAUGCCGAAAAUGAGCCAGACAACAACCAGAGCAGCACAGCAGAGCAGACAGAUGAGAACCAGGAACCCAAAAAGAAGAGACGGCGAAAAACAUAAAGCUGAGGUCGCUGCUGCUGCUGCUGCCUCCUCCCUCCUCGCCUUGGUCUUGGAGAAUGGCAUGCAUGGAGG